AUGGAGAAUUUACGGAAGUCUGAACCUUGGUCUCUAAUUCCGGAGACUACUAACGUCAACCAGGUGAAUGUAGUAAGACGCAAUCUCUAUGAUAUCAAUUAUUGUAUAGCUUCAAUACAACGAUUGAAGGAUAACAGCAUUGCUUAUGCAACUGAAAUUCUUUCCGUCGACAAAAAACUAAAGGGCACCCUAACGGAACCCGAAAGACGGGAAUUCAAGAUUUUACGAAGGUUUUACUGCAAUAAUGUCAGAGUCAACCGUUUGGAUUUAGUAAAACUGAGAAUAGCGUUAAAGAUGUGUCAUGAGCAACAGCCAGUAAUAUUUGAAGCAUUUCUUAAGAUGGGAACCGAAGGCAUGCAAAAGAAAAUUGUGGAAUAUGAGGAGGAAGAGGAGAUCCUGAUUUCUUACAUGGAAACGCUGGAAACACCACUGCUGCCUGAAGGGCCGAUAUACGAGAAGUACCGAGCCUUAGUCGAGGAUGUUGAUAAUCGCCUUACCUUGAUCUCCGCAUGCAUCGAAGAGUUGAAAGAUGAGCUUGAGACAGGGAAGGGUCGAAAGGAUUGUGAGAGAUAUGAAAUGGAGUUUGGUCAGGCGCGUCAAGACUUCAUUCUGAUGUGGCUUUUGAACCGAGCCCUGUUAUUUCUAAAGAUAACUGACUCAGUGUGA